AUGUACCUGAUCACUGUGUUUGGGAACUUGCUCAUCAUCCUGGCUGUCAGCUCAGACUCCCGCAUGCACACACCCAUGUACUUCUUCCUCUGCAACCUGUCCUUUGUGGACAUCUGCUUCACCUCCACCACCAUCCCCAAGAUGCUGCUGAACAUACAGACCCAGAGCAAAGCCAUAACCUAUGCAGGCUGCAUCAGCCAGAUGUACUUUUUCCUACUUUUUGUAGGGAUGGAUGACUGCCUCCUGACUGUGAUGGCCUAUGAUCGGUACAUGGCCAUCUGCCACCCCCUGCACUACACGGUCAUCAUGAACACCUGGCUCUGUGGACUGCUGGUCCUGGUGUCCUGGCUGUCUGCUGUCUCCUUAUUUUAUUGUACAGGCCUAGGGGUAUACCUCAGCUCUGCUCUUACUCCCAGCUCACCCUCAGGUGCAGCAGCCUCAUUGAUGUACACCGUAGUCACACCCAUGCUGAACCCCUUCAUCUACAGUCUGAGGAACAAAGAUAUAAAGGGUGCUUUGAAAAGAUUCCAUGUGAAGGAAUCUAAGAACUAA